AUGCCAGGAUACAAUCCGCAUGAUCAAUCGCUCUACUACUUUCCUCCACCGUCCAUACCUCGUCCUGAUGGCAAAUAUGUCAGAACGAGAAGCCAAAAAUGGAUGAAUGCGGCCAAAAAAGCCGACCUUCCUGCAUUGGAAGUGUUCGUAAGAACGCAAGGAAAAGUGAACUUUACAAUUCGUAAUCUUGGUCGACAUCCUGCAUACGGUCCGUUCAGCUUGUCCUCUGCUGAAUUCUCGAAAACGAAUUCGAGAACGGCUCAGAAGGAGAUGCCAACUAAAGAAACU